AUGGUAGCGCACAGCAAGGUGUCAGCAGAUAAUGCAGUUGCAGCAGACCCGAGAUGUCUACUUGACCCUCCAGCACGGGAUCGUUCACAGGCUCGAGGCUACCACGGCCCAGGCCGGCCCAGCACUGUGCAGGCACAGAGCAACACGCACUUCCGAACCUUUCGCUCCCAAGCGGAUUUUAGUAGCAUCACGCGAGCAAGCAGCCUGCUGGAUGCCUGUGGCUUCUACUGGGGACCUCUGACUGUCAGUGCUGCCCACGAGAAGCUGAAGUCUGAGCCUGAGGGCACCUUCCUCAUCAGGGACAGCACACAAAAGAAUUGCUUCUUUGCCAUCAGUGUUAAGACUGCGACUGGGCCCACCAGCAUCAGGAUAAACUUUCAGACUGGGCGUUUCAGCCUGGAUGGCAGCAAAGAGACUUUUGACUGUCUUUUUAAGCUGCUGGAACAUUACCUAAGCUCCCCGAGGAAGGUACUGGUUACUCCCCUGCGCAAAGUCCGUGUGCAGCCCCUGCAGGAGCUCUGCCGGAAGAGCAUCGUGAAGACUUUUGGAAGAGAGAACUUAAACCAGAUCCCGCUCAAUCCUGUUUUAAAGGACUAUCUGAAAUCCUUUCCAUUUCAGAUAUAAGUGCAGCAUUAACUGUAUAGGGACGUGUGAGAGAUGUGUAAAGAAAUCCAGCCUCCUGGGUUUUUAAACAUGUUUGACAGUGAGCAAACUUAUUUUUGUAGCAAUUUACUGUAUUUUA